GAAGAACAAUAGUUUACGAUCAAAAUACGCCGGAAAAAAAACUACAAGAUAAUCGCAUUAACUGUGCAAAAUUCCUUAAUUCCGUGGCUUGCUUCAGUCAAUCUUGAAGAGAGAAAUCGCGAUUCCUGCCCGCCGAAUGUGAAUAUUUAAUGCACAUAGGAGCGAUUCUAAUUCAGGACAGUUGGGGAAGCUAUACAACGCACUCUACCAAGCUGAAAGUUAAACCGCUUCGAUCGAGGAGAAAUUUCAGCUUCAAUAUGCUUUCUCUCAAAGGAAGUUGUAUGUCUUUGUCUCCUAACAAGUUUCGUGUAAACUAAGGUAAAAACAUCAGUUUUGGCUUGAAUUCCAACCAGAUAGCCUUGGAAAGCAUGGCCGAAGCAGUAAAAGUUAUUGUUCGAUGUCGUCCCUUGAACAAACGGGAGACGGACAUGAAAUGUGAUGUUAUUGUCCAAAUGGAUUCCUCGAUUGGACAAUGCCAGUUAUUCAAACCAGGUGAAAAGGAACAGCCUCCGAAAUCGUUCACUUUCGACGGUGCCUACUACACGGACUCCACAACCCAGACGAUCUACAACGACAUUUGCUUUCCUCUGGUCGAAGGGGUUUGCGAGGGAUACAACGGGACGGUGUUCGCCUACGGUCAAACUGGGUGCGGCAAGAGUUUCUCCAUGAUGGGCAUCACUGACCCGCCCACCCAGCGAGGAAUUAUCCCGAGAGCAUUCGAGCAUAUCUUUGAAACCAUCGACGUUUCCGAAAACACAAAGUUUUUGGUCCAUGCUUCGUAUCUCGAGAUCUAUAACGAAGAUAUAAGAGAUUUGCUUGGCAAGAACCACAAGUCCCGUCUGGAACUCAAAGAACAUCCUGAUAUGGGAGUUUAUGUCAAAGACCUCACAAUGAUCCCAGUUCACGAUGUUAAAGAUUGUGAAAAGGUCAUGGCAAUGGGGAACAAAAACCGCUCGGUUGGAGCGACGCUUAUGAACGCAGACUCAUCUCGCUCGCACUCCAUAUUCACCAUCAAACUGGAGAUGGAAGACACAAGCGCCGAUGGCGAGGAACACAUUCGAGCGGGAAAAUUGAACCUCGUUGAUUUGGCGGGAAGCGAGAGGCAGGCAAAGACCGGAGCUACGGGAGACAGAUUGAAAGAAGCAACAAAGAUUAAUCUCUCCUUAUCUGCUCUUGGAAAUGUGAUUUCGGCUCUUGUCGAUGGGAAAUCAAAACACAUUCCCUAUCGGGAUUCUAAACUGACACGGCUGUUACAGGACUCGCUAGGCGGCAACACGAAGACCCUGAUGGUAGCUUGUCUAAGUCCGGCCGACAACAAUUACGACGAAACUCUGAGUACUCUGCGCUAUGCAAACAGAGCCAAAAACAUCAAGAAUAAACCGAAGAUCAACGAAGACCCGAAGGAUGCAUUGCUGCGCGAAUACAAGGCUGAAAUCGAGAAACUGAAGGAGUUGCUGAUGGGACAAACACAAACGCCAUUAAUGGAGCUUCAAGGUGCCAACACGGCACUCGCUCCAGUCCAACGCCAACCUGUCGUGGACAUUCAGUCCCAGGAAAAACUGGCCGAGGAGUCUCUCCGUAUUAAGGAGGAAUAUGAACGAAAGUUGGCCGAAAUGAAAAGGAUGGUGGAAGAAGAACAAUCCAGCAAGGAACAUUUGAAGGAGGAGAUGAAGAGGUUGAAAUCCGAAUAUGAUCAGAAAUUAACUUCCGUUGAGAGCCAAUAUCCUGCAGUCAAUUUGCAGGAAAACACGGCUCAAAAUCAAAAUAUCCAAGUUCCUCCCCCCGAGAAUAAACGUAAAUCGAGCGAUAAUAACAAUGACAAUGUUAGCAAUGAAGAUGAUAAAUCUGAACCGGCGAUUUCGGGAAUGCCGAGCGGAAUAUUGGAGGACGGAAACCUGGAAACGACCCGCGCUCCAACCUCGUCACCGGUACUAAACGGUUCCACGGCCAACCAAGCGCUGACCCCGGAACAGAUGCAACAGGAGGCGCUGGUGCGGCUGCAGAACCUUCAGCAGCAGAUUGUUGGAGGUGAACGAAAGGAUGACAGCCAGCUGAAGGAGAAACACAAAAAACGCAAAGACCACGUGUUUUCGCGCAAAGAAAAACUCGUGAACGCUUUGAAAACACUCGACAAUAGUGACCAGAUGGUUAUCAAGGUCUACGACUCUUUACACGAUGAAAUCAAAGCGAAGAAUAAAAAGAUGAAGAACCUUCAGGACGAACUGACCCUCGCGAAAGGCGAAGUUGAAGACCUACAAAUCGAAUUUGAACGCGAACGAGAGGAUUACUUAGAGACGAUACGAAAACAAGAACGACAGUUGGCGUUGCAAAAACAGUUGUUGGAAAAGGUCCAGCCAUUGUUACGAAGGGAUUGCAACUAUUCGAAUCUUGACCGGAUAAUGUCUGAAGCCAAAUGGGACGAGGAUAGUAAACUUUGGGUGUUGCCCGACGUGGCGGUCGAACGUACUACUCUACCUAUGCCUGGGGCAGGGGGGAUCAUCCCCUCCCCUCGGAAAUCUAAAACCGGAGGCUCACCUCCGAAUGGCUAUUUCGAAAACGGCGGUGACGACAAGUUGUUGCAGCGUCUCAAUCGUACGGAGAGCAGCGAAAUCGCCAAAGAUUAUUUCGCUUCAAAACGUGCAAAUCGUAUUCUGGAGUCCCAACAUCACUUACGACACGACAGCGACAAUGCACCGAGGCGGAGGUCAAAUAGCCCAUUCCACGAAAGGAUCAGCCCCACGGAGGCAGGUAUGGGGCCCAUGAGACCCAUGAGGUUGGAGGCGUUGAACCCCACCAAUGUUGGCGGAAAGAAAGGGAAAAAGAAGAAACAAUUAGACAGUCUCUAAGAUCAAAUCUUCCACAAGUGUCGAAUUAAAUUAUUAAUAUAUAUGCACACAAAUGAGGUUUAGUCAUGGGGGUAGAGGUCUUCCCUCUCUGAGGGUCAAAUAUAUUCACUGCUUGGUUUAACCAGCAAGGCAUUUGUGGUCCAACCAGCACUGGUCACUGGAUCGAUGAUACAACAUUUGAUUCGACAUUUGAUUCAUCUCAUCUCUACUGCACACUGGAUCAUCUUGUUUUGCUAACCCAAUGAUCUCGAAUAAUUUUGGUAGUGCAGCAAGCUCUGUUGGCAGCACCUAGUUGUGACAUAUUUUACUACCAAGUGCCAAGAAUUAGACUUAAUGAAUUUUAAAUCGUUGCAAGGCAACAGCAUUUGUAAUUAUGCAUAGUAAUAUGUUCAUAGCAGAAAUGCACAAAUUCAAUAAAUAUAUGUAAAUAUAGAA